UACCAAACGUCAACGGGCUUCAAAUUGGUGGUUGUUUGCAUUUUUAUAAUUAAAAAAGAUUAUGCCUGACGUUCUUAUUUGUUAUUAACAUUCAAAGUUAUUUGACUUCCCAUCUUCUUUGGUAAAGGUUUAAGAGAAGCUCAAGUCAUGCCAAGGGAAGACAGCCUUCCGUCGCUUAUUCUCAAGAUUUUGUACCCCAAUAUUUCUAGAGUCCUUCAACUUAACCUUUCUAGCUGAAUGGGGUGACCGUAGCAAGAUCGCUACAAUAGAUUUGGCGACUCACAAGAACGCUAUAGGAUUGUCCAUAACUAUUGGACAAACGCGUUGUGUACUUCACCAGCGGUUGUUGGAGGAAGCAUGCUGGCUUUAAGGAUCUCACAACGGACGGUUGCAACUGUUGGAGGCUUGCUUUUCUUCGGCUUUUCAGUCUCCUCCUAUUUCUAUCCUCCACUACAGUAAAUGCGCUUCUUUCGAAAAUGGGUGUUGGAGACAUUGUCUAAGUAAAGUUUCAAUUUUGUUUUUUUUUUUUUGUAUUAAGUUUGAUUUUUGUUUAAUACGAAAGAAUCCAGCAUCAAUACUUUUACAAAGCUAAUUAUAUAAAUUUUUGAACUAUACAAUUUUCUAUCUAGAAACCAUCCGAGGGUGGAGUUCAUGUAGAAUUGUUGGCUGAUCACAUUUAUGAAAUUGUCCCAAGCUUUCAUCUGAAACUAUAACAGUUUCAACAUCUUGACUACUCUCACCAAGUAUCCUACUCUUAACAGUUACAAACAAGCUUGCAAGGUGAAAGAGUUUUGUGAUGCUAUGGAUGAAGAAAUUGGAGCCUUUGAGCGUACACAUACAUGGUCUGUGUGUUCACUUCCUCAAGGUAAGAAGCCGGUUGGAUGUAAGUGGAUUUAUACAGUGAAGUUAAAAGCAGAUGGCAGCUUAGAGAGGUAUAAAGCGCGUUUGGUGGCUAAAGGCUAUACUCAGAAAGAGGGUCUAGAUUAUGUGAAGACUUUCUCACCUGUUGCUCGCAUGGCCACUGUUAAGUUUUUGCUCUAUGUUGCUGCACCAAGAAAGUGGUUUUUGGAUCAACUGGAUGUUUCAAACGCCUUCCUCAAUGGGGACUUACAAGAAGAAAUUUACAUGGUCUUACCUCCUGGUUACCUUCCCAAACAGGGGGAAUCUUUUCCAGAAAAUGUUGUCUGUAAACUCCACAAAUCCAUCUAUGGUCUCAAACAGGCGUCAAGGCAAUGGUUUUUAAAAUUUUCUCAGUCUCUGUUGUCCUUGGGUUUCAAGUCAAGUUAUGGUGAUGACACCUUAUUCACAAGGAAGUCUGAGAAUGUUUGCAUGGCAGUACUCGUAUAUGUUGAUGAUAUAAUCAUUGCUAGUACUUGUUCUGCAGCCACAUCAUCUCUUACAGCUUCUUUAAAGGAAUCCUUUAAGCUAAGAGAGUUAGGUCCUUUAAAGUAUUUUUUGGGGCUUGAAAUUGCAAGGACAGAUGCUGGGAUCUCCAUAUGCCAACGCAAAUAUGUAUUGGAUCUCUUGGAUGAAACAGGUCUUCUUGGGUGUAAACCUUCCUCUAUUCCAAUGGAUCCUAGUCAGAAACUGAACAUGGAAACAGGAGACUUCAUAGAGGAUGUGGAACGAUACAGAAGACUUGUUGGGAAGCUUAUGUAUCUCACCUUCACUCGUCCUGAUAUCACAUUCGCGGUUCACAAACUUUGUCAGUUCACCUCAGCGCCACGACAACCUCAUAUGAAAGCCGUUUUCAAGGUCUUACAUUACCUCAAAGGAACCAUUGGUCAAGGUAUGUUCUAUUCUGCUACCUCUGACCUGCGGCUAAAAGGGUAUACAGAUGCGGAUUGGGGGACUUGUACUGAUUCAAGGCGAUGUGUAAAUGGUUUUUGCAUGUUCAUUGGUCCUUCUUUGGUGUCAUGGAAAUCCAAGUGGGGUUUGUUGAUGGGUUUGUUAUGCCUGAUUGGUUGUCUUUAGCCAGAUGGGUCCCUGCUUUGAACCUUAGCUUGGGUUUCUCCGCCCUAUGUUUGGAUACGGAUAUAAUUCGUU